CAGCGGGGCCGGCAUGGGGCGGCAGGAGGGCGGCGGGGCGGCGAAGCCUCGCGGGGACGGGUGCGGGUGCGGGGCGGAGGUUGCCGCCGAGGUGCGGUUGUCCCGGCGGCGCUGGGUCGUGGUGCUGCUCUUCAGCAGCUACUCCCUGUGCAACGCCUUCCAGUGGAUACAGUACGGCAGCAUCAACAACGUCUUCGUGCGCUUCUAUGGCGUGAGCACCUUUGCCAUCGACUGGCUGUCCAUGAGCUACAUGCUCACCUACAUCCCGCUGCUGUUCCCCGUGGCCUGGCUGCUGGACAAGAAGGGGCUGCGCCUCAUCGCCCUGCUGGGCUCGGCCCUCAACGCGCUGGGCGCCUGGGUGAAGCUGGGCAGCCUGCGGCCGCAGCUCUUCGCUGUCACCGUGCUGGGGCAGGUCGUCUGCUCCCUGGCGCAGGUCUUUAUCUUGGGCAUGCCCUCGCGCAUCGCCUCCGUCUGGUUCAGCUCCCGCGAGGUGUCCACAGCCUGCUCCAUUGCCGUCUUCGGGAACCAGCUCGGCAUUGCGCUUGGCUUUCUGAUCCCUCCUGUGCUUGUUCCCAAUGUGGAAGAUGUGGAGAAGCUGGCUUACCACAUAAGCAUCAUGUUCUUCAUGACAGCCGGCGUGGCAACAGCCCUCUUCAUCCUGGUCGUCAUAGUCUUCAAAGAGAAGCCUCCAUACCCUCCGAGCCGAGCUCAGGCCCUGAUCCAGUCACAGCCAUCAGAGGAAUAUUCUUAUGUGCAGUCGAUCCUCCGCCUGCUUCGCAAUGCCAACUUUGUGCUGCUUAUGGUCACUUAUGGUCUGAAUGCAGGUUGCUUCUACUCCCUGUCCACUCUGCUGAACCGCAUGGUAGUCCAUCACUACCCAAAUGAGGAGGUGAAUGCUGGCAGGAUUGGACUCACCAUUGUACUGUCAGGCAUGGCUGGUGCUCUGAUCUCUGGCCUCUGGUUGGACAAAACCAAAACCUACAAACAGACAACACUAGUGGUCUAUAUCAUGUCUCUGGUGGGGAUGAUAGUCUACACUUUCACUCUGGAUCUAGGCCACCUCUGGGUAGUCUUUGUGACUGCAGGCAUUCUAGGAUUUUUCAUGACAGGGUACCUUCCCCUGGGCUUUGAGUUUGCUGCAGAGUUGACAUACCCAGAAUCAGAAGGAACAUCAUCAGGGCUCCUUAAUGUCUCAGCACAGAUCUUCGGUAUUGCCUUCACCAUUGGCCAAGGGAAGAUCAUAGAUCACUUCGAGACAAAGGCAGGAAAUCUCUUUCUUUGUUCCUUCCUGUUCCUGGGGUCCAUUAUGACAGCAUUUAUUAGGGCUGAUCUCCGAAGACAGCAGGCGAAUGUGGAAAAUGAACACACAGAUGUACGCAGAGAUGUCCAUUCAGCGUUCAUGAAGCCAUCAGCGACCAUGACUAGAAAAGUGAAUAAGCUCAGUUCUCUGCUGGCUCAAGUCAGGUUUUUUCAGAAGAUGAUGCUGCCUUUCUCCCAUUAAUCUUGCCAGUCCAAUCUGGAGAGAGACCAAAAGGUCUAAGAAGCAGCCCUACUCUAAUCAGUUCCUCAGGAAAGUGGAUUUUCAGUUACAAAAUAUAUGCCUUUUUGUUUGUUUGCUUUGUUUUUAUAGAACUAUCUGAGCAUAAAGGCAGAAAGUAGGAUAAGUAGGGGGAAUUGAUGCUGCUGUGGGUAAUUGUUGUGCAUAAAGUUCUAGAGUAGACUGGGAAAAGUAAAGGGUGUAAAUUUACUUAGUUUGGGUAGAGUGGCGUCUCCUGUUGUCUCAACUUAAGAAUAGUUCUUGCUUUUUCUGCUCCGGGGCUGACAACUUCAGAUGAUUGUAGGAAUGGUAAGCGUCAGGGUUCACGCAACUAAGAUAGAAGACUGCUGCUCUCCUGGAAUCCUGGUAUGAGUAGACUUAAUGGGAAGAGACUUAGUUCAGUUGAGCUAGGGUAACAAGCAGUCUGUUUCAUCAUGUAAUCUGUAAUCAUCACCAUGAUUAGCAGUGAUGAAACAAGAUAAAAUUUAAGGUAAGCCAUCCAUUUCUCUUCAAGCCCUCUGGCAGCAAGGUUGUCAUGAGAGUUCUGGUGACACAGUUAAUUCAUAACAUGUUUGUAGAAGAUCCAGAAAAUAUCAAGGUUGUAUCACCUAGUGGCAUUGAGGCCCUUUCCCUUCUUGUCAGGCGUUUAUCUUGCCAGAUGAAUUGUACUCUUUUGACACUUUUUUUGUAUAAAUCUAAAAGUUGUAAGAGUUUGUUACUGGAGAGGAGGUGUUGAGACCAGAACAGAAGUAGUACAGGUCACUUCCGUAAUCCUAAAAGCUUCCGAAACUGACUGCAGUAAGAACCAGAGGGAUGCAUGUGAGGUAGUGGGUCUCAUCAGUCAAAAACUUCAGUGACAGCACCUUCCCUUGAGGACUCAUGUUCUGUGGAAGUCAUGAUAGACACCUCUUCCACCUCCACUACAAAUGGCUGGGCAUACCAGGUUAUUUCUCAGGCUUAACAGCCAGCGUCAAAUGCUUGACAUAUUGAAGUGAGGCUGAACCUGGUAUUCUGCGUUAUUAUGGAUCCCUCAACCAGGUAGGCAGAGGCGCAGUGUGCUGCCUUUGUGGGUGUUCUGUUAGUGUCAGUACACUGGAGCUUUGCCAUGUGGCAUGGCUGACUUACCUGUGCUUGGGUGUUUGUACUGGUUUCUUUCUUACCUGUUCUUUUUUUUUUUUUCCUCCCCUUCACUACUUGCCUCCAUGUUUUCUGGGAUCUGACUUGUGGCUGUUGUUACAGAGACUUCAAGGCAGCAAUCAGAUCACGGCUUAUGGACUGUAGCUUGUAACCCCAAUCCCAUCAAUUCCCAUUCCUGUUUACUAGCUCACAUACAAA